AUGCUGCGACGGCUCGGUGGUUCGUCGAGCAUUCUGUGGAGGCCGAAGAAUCCGCAUUCAUUGGAAUAUCUCAAAUACUUGCACGGUGUGCUGGUCAAAAAUGACAAGGUGGUGGAAGGCAAUAGAAAAGUGUUAGUGGAAGCUCUUCGUGCCAUCGCUGAGAUCCUCAUCUGGGGCGAUCAAAAUGACAGCAAAGUUUUUGAGUAA